AAUUCAGGAAUCUUGCUGAACCUCUGUUAACAUUCAAAUUACACAGUGCCUUUAUAACUGCAGCAAAACAAGAUAAUAAAUUACAAAAGAUUGCAGAUAUCCAUGCACUGGUUUAUCAGUUACCAAGAAGGAACUUUAAAAUGUUAGAACUCCUCGUCAAACAUCUUUGCAGAGUAGCAAAACAUUCUGAUAAAAAUUUAAUGACGAUAUCAAAUCUUGGAGUUUGCUUUGGUCCUACAUUACUAAGACAACCAGAACAAAAUGUUGCAGCCAUGCUUGAUAUAAAAUUUGGAAAUAUUGUUGUUGAGUUCCUCAUUGAAUAUUGUGAUAAGAUAUUUGGAACAGUUCCAUUAGAACAAGAUAAUAAAAGACCACUUCCUUCUUAUGCAUCAUCUUCAGUAAACCAUUGUCAUUCUGCAAUCUUUUCGGGAGAAUUAACAGCACAAGUAGAAAGAAUUGAAAAAGAACCUUAUUGUUAUGAAGAUGCAGAAAGGAUAUCAAACAGUAUUGGAAAUAAAAUGAUGAUUUCUCAUCACAAUUUACGUACAUCCAUGUCCGGAACCUUGAUGGAAGAAAGUAGUAAUUCAAAUGCCAUUUCACAAAAACACUAUAUAGGAAACGUCCAUCCACAAAGCUUGUUCCAUCCUGACCAACCCAGAUCAUAUGCAUAUAAAGAUUAUCAAAAGGAGACUGGUGACGGUCAAUAUGGUAGUUUGCAUUCACAUAGAUAUCCUGCAUCAGUUAAAAAGAAACCUUUAAGUGUUUAUAACCCUACAUUUCAAGAUAAUUUGCAUUAUAAUAAUAGCACUGAUUCAAACAGUUCUCGAUUAUCUCCAUCCAGCACAAAUGUAGUGCCAUCUGUUUCUCAUCACUCACCUUAUGCCACACCUAAAACAAGCCCUAGAGGAAAGCAAAUAACUAAUAUUAAUUAUGAGUCUGAUUGUUUAUCAACAGUUGGAGACAGUAUUAGAAGUGCAGAUUACAGGCAUGAAAACAGAAAGGGUCCAGAUGAUUUUCAUCCUACAAAAUAUGGCCAUUUCUCAGGUUACAGAAAUUGCUUAGAUAUUGAUAGAACAAAAAGAACAAUUCAGUAAGUUAAGUUAAUAUUGUAAUCUUUUUGGUAUAUGUCAAUUAAUUUAUCAGAGCCAGAAUAUAAUAAAGAAUUAAAGUUUACAAACAUAGGUUAUAUGGCUGAUCUU